CCUUUCCUGUCAGGGGAGGGUCCUGGAUUAACUCAGCUCUGUCUCCCUCAUACCAAACGCUCAGCUGAUAACUGCUGCCGAAGGAUAUAUUGUAGCCAGACUGGCUGCCCAGCUAACACACAGUCUGAAGGCUGCUGUGGUUUAUGUUAGCAGAUUGCAGCGGAGAGCGGGAGGAGGAGAUUGUUUCUGUUUCUGUGUGGAGAAGGAGGGGGGAGGAGGGAGAAAGAACGCUAACUUCACCAGAGCUGGUGAUUUGUUGCUGUAGAGAAAGCAGAAUAACGAAGGCAGAGAAAGAGAAAAAGAAAACGAUCUUGUGUCAGGCUAAAAGGCCUGAUGGGAGAGAUGUACAGGGUUUAACGCAGCAUGUCCACUGGAGCGAGGCACCCAGAGGCCGAGACAGGAUUUGUUCCGAGUGUUCAAGACUUUGAUAAGAAGCUAGCUGAAGCUGAUGCCUACUUACAGAUUCUGAUUGAACAGUUAAAGCUGUUUGAUGAGAAGAUCAAGGACUGCAAAGAGGAUGAAUCACGCAGAAAAAUUGAAAAUUUGAAGGAGACUACUUGUAGUAUGGUAGAGUCCAUCAAGCACUGUAUUGUACUGCUGCAAAUUGCCAAGGACCAAAGUAACGAACAGCAACACGCAAACGGACUUAUAAGCACCAUCAACCCAGUGGAUGGGAUCUACCAGCCCCCUCUGGAUACUCCUGUAGUCAACACCACGAUGCCAACACAGACCACACUACCAACAGACGCUUCUCAGGUGUGUAAAUCAGACCAACGACCCUCCACAUUACCUGUUGGCCCCGUCGUCACGGUGAUGGGCAGUCUGCAGACCCCAACUCCCAACAGCACAGGGAGUGGCCCAUCAGGCCCCAGUAGCGGCGUUGCUUCCCCAGCUCACAUCCCCCUCCCCUCGCACUCGGUGCCGGACUUCUCCUAUUCCUCCAGCGAGGAUGAGUUCUACGACGCUGAUGAGUUUUACCAGAGCAGCACUUCCCCCAAACACUGCAUAGAUCCCUCAGGGCCUGAAGCUGCCCCUCCCCUCACUAAUGAAGAAACAGCGCUGAAACGGCCAGACACCACAGAGUCCCUCAACUCAUCCAUGUCCAAUGGUACCACAGAUGCAGAUCCGUUUGAUAGCCAUGACGACCGUGAUGAUGAAGCUGAGGGAGAGUCAGUGGAGGAGCACAAGAGCGUCAUCAUGCAUCUGCUCUCUCAAGUUCGUUUGGGCAUGGACCUCACAAAGGUGGUCCUGCCUACCUUCAUCCUAGAGAGGAGAUCCUUGUUAGAAAUGUACGCAGACUUCUUUGCACAUCCUGACUUAUUUGUAAGUAUCGCUGAGCAGCCGGAGCCCCGCGAGCGCAUGGUUCAGGUGGUAAAAUGGUACCUGUCAGCCUUCCAUGCAGGGAGGAAAGGCUCAGUGGCCAAGAAACCUUACAAUCCAAUCCUGGGAGAAGUUUUCUACUGCCACUGGGAUCUGCCCAGUGAGACAGAGGAGCCUUCCACACACACGGAGACGGUGUCAGACGGUCCAGUUCCCUGGUCGUCACCCAACAGUGUGUGUUUUGUGGCAGAGCAGGUCUCUCACCACCCACCCAUUUCUGCAUUUUACGCAGAGUGUUUAAGUAAGAAGAUCCAGUUCAAUGCUCACAUCUGGACUAAGUCUAAGUUCUUAGGCAUGUCCAUAGGUGUCCACAACAUCGGUCAAGGUUGUGUGUCAUGUUUGGAGCAUGAUGAACAUUACAUCCUCACCUUCCCUAAUGGAUAUGGCAGGUCGAUUCUGACGGUGCCGUGGGUGGAGCUGGGUGGGGAGUGCAACAUCUCCUGCUCCAAGUCAGGCUACAGUGCUAACAUUGUGUUCCACACCAAACCCUUCUAUGGAGGAAAGAAGCACAGGGUCACCGCUGAGAUUUUUGCACCUAAUGAUAAAAAGUCUUUCUGCUCCAUUGAGGGGGAAUGGAACGGAGUGAUGUAUGCCAAAUGGGCAACUGGAGAGAACACGGUGUUUAUAGACACUAAGAGGAUGGGUAUCAUCAAGAAGAAGGUGAGAAAGCUGGAGGACCAGCUCGAGUACGAGUCCCGAAGAUUGUGGCGAGAUGUGACGCUGAACCUGAAACUGAAAGACAUUGAUGCAGCAACAGAAGCCAAACACCGAUUGGAGGAGAAGCAGAGAGCCGAAGCAAGAGAGAGGAAGGAGAACGAGCAACAGUGGGAGACUAGACUAUUCCACGAGGACGGGGAGUGCUGGGUCUACGAUGAGCCUCUAUUAAAGAGAUUUGCCUCUCAGAGGCACUGAGAAGACUACACGCACUGAUACACACACAUACGUAUGAUUAAGAAAUGCACACACAGCAGAGUCUUCAUAAGAACUCUUUUGCAAAACCACUUCUUAUCCAAGCCUUGGAAUGACUGAUGAUUGAAUAUGUACACAGCUUUGCAUUUGACUGUAAAACAACAAUAUGGAAAUGAAUGAAAGCAAAUGGAAAAGCAUCAAAGAUGUAACAUGAAUAUUAGUAAAGCUCCUCUCGUUAUUUGGGCAAUCUCACUUCCACCGCCACCGAUACCCGCCACCCACCAACAUGAGUCUCGGCAGCACAGAGAGGAGAGGGGAGCGUCGACACAUCACGCCUCUCGACUCUGUCCAUCAGCUUCACGACCACACCCAUCAUCAGCUUCACACCACAAACCAGAGCAGCCGUCUUUUACCUACAUGUUUUUUUGGGGUUUUUUUUUUUCUGGAGGGGAAGGGGGUAAAAGGGUGUGUGGCUGAUGGCGUUCAAAUCUAUAAAUAAACCUUGACCAAUAAAACAGCGCUCUACAUCUCAGGGAAUCUGGUGACUGAGGAAAAAAAAAAAAAAAAAGCUGCUGCCCCCUCUGAGAGUCUGACAGCCUUAUAACGGUGGAACGGA